CGACGCUUCGCCCGUGGCUGAGUGUCAAUUUGCAGCUCAGGCUGACAGUCUAGCCUUCUUUUCGUUCUUUUCAAGAACGGCGAGUGUGUCGAUCUAGUGUGCUUCAAAUAUCUCGUAAUCUCCUCCCGCUAGAGGCUUCUCGUUCCAACGAUCUUCAGAAUUCAACCGAGGCAAUGUCUCGUGGACUGUUAUCGCAUCUGCUGACUUGCUGCGUGACCUCGGCUCUUCUCACCGGCCUGGGCCGCGCUGCGCCCGCCAGUGCAUCGUGCGAAUCGACCGAAUGUCUCACGGAGGCGCUGCUCCGUCUCGAACUGGAGCUCGGUCAGCUGAAGAAGCACGUCCGCAACCUGGAGCAGUCUGCCUGGCCGAUCGAGGGGGGCAGCGUCGCCUGGCAGAAGUGCCGCAAGGGCGUGUGCCACUGCGGCCGGCACAGUCGCACGGUGAGCUGCCAGCAGCUGAGAGGUCUGAACAGCGUCCCUCGACGUCAGGUGAUCCCCGACAGCGUCGAGGUGCUUCAUCUCUCGCACACUCACAUCGAUGCGAUUCACGAGAACGCGUUCCGUGGUUUGUUUCGACUCAAAGAGCUGUACGUGAGUGAGAACCUGCUGGAGGUGCUGCCUGCGAAGCUAUUCUAUGAUCUUGAGAACCUGAGUGUUUUGAACCUGCGAGGGAAUCGUAUCACAGAGCUGGAAAAGGAUCUGCUGGUGAACAAUCGCUUACUUACUGUGCUGGACUUGUCCGAUAACCGGCUCACCGAAAUUUACGAGCAGGAGUUCUCGGCUCUGAGCGUUCUGAAUUACCUGACGCUGCGUAACAACGCCAUCGUCUCCCUCCGACCGGACACUUUCCGCUACCUGCGCAGUCUGGAGCACUUGGAUCUAUCCGGCAACCGGCUGUCCUCUUUACCCGAGACUCUCUUCAGCAGCCUCAAGGUGCUGCAGAUCCUCAACCUCAGCGAGAACCGCAUCGCGGCGCUGGCCGAUAUGACGUUCGGCGAAAACGUGCGCCUGGUGACGCUGGACCUGCAUCAGAACGCGCUGGAGAACCUGUCGGAGCCUCUGCUGCAGAACACCACCUCCGUGACCUACCUGGACCUCUCUGCCAACCGGCUCAGCAGGGUCAGCGACCGCCACUUCGAGCGCCUGCUCUUCCUCAGACACCUGUUCCUCGGCUACAACAAGAUCAAGCACCUGGAGAACGGCACGUUCACGGCGCUCACCAGCCUCGAGCAUCUGUUCCUCUUCGGAAACUCGAUGACAAGGGUGGAUAACGGUGCGUUUCGCGGACUGCACCAGCUGAAGUGGCUGCUCCUCAACGACAAUGACAUCAAAACGCUGCCUGCGAAUGUGUUCAAGGACCUGGGAAGUCUGGAGAGACUACAGCUGAACAGCAAUGAGUUCCACAGCCUGGCGACCGGCCUGCUGGACAACCUUCCUCGCCUGCGGCAGGUUCAGCUCGGAAAGAAUCCGUGGCACUGCGACUGCUUCAUCCUCUACCUGACCCACUGGCUGAAGGUGAACCGCGACAAGCUGUGGGACCGCCAGCCCAAGUGCCGAGGGCCAGGCGACCUCGGCGGCAGCUACGUGAUCAACAUGACCUUCAACGACGUCUGUGACGGCCAGUGGCGCUCUAUGGUCAGCAUCAAGGGACGCGUCUAAGGAGCACCGAGGGGUGAACUCGUCAUUUAGAGAUUGUGUCAUUGGAAUGUUGAAUCUGUGUCUAUAAGAGAGCCGAGAGGCGUGAAUUAAAUGGAUACCUAUCAGCCGCGAACACAUUUGAAAAUCAAUAUCGCAAUGAGUAGAGGAGAGCAGCAGUCACAGCUGUCAUGGCUACAGUACAUCGCCUUCAAUACCGGAAAGAAUGACAAAUGAAAAGUAGACCCAACUUGUAUUAUCUUGAUACCUAACAUUAAAAUUGAUCGAAUUAGGUAUCACCUGAACAUGAGUUCAAAUGGUAUAUUUAAUAAUGCGAAAGUUUAUUGAAUAUAAACAUUUCAAAUGUCAAUCGAUGUUUCACUGGAAACACAUGAAGCCA